UAGCGCAGGGCUGUGAGUAUACAUUUAUCCUGUUAUCAGCAGGGAACGCUGCUGGCUCCUCUGGAGGUUCUAGGGGUGGAGAAGACCUCACAGAGAAAGCCAUGCCGCUGCAGCACCGGGAAUCAGAGUGGUCCAAAGCGUAGGCGGAACAAUGGACGCCAGCCAAUCAGAUGAGCGAGACUGUUAGAGGGAACGUUGAUAUUUUAUGAGUGUGUGUCCUGGAGAUGCAAAGAAUCCCUAAACUUCUGGAACUCAUCUAGAGGAGCGCCGGGACCCUGGAACCCCAUGCAAUCAGCUGCUGCUCUACCCACGCUGUGCCGCUGACACGGGGGAUCAUUGGAUUUGCUACAUUGCGACUGAAUCGCUGCGGCCAUCAAGAUGAGGCACUUGGGGAAAGUUGCCCUAGUCUCCCUGCUGGAUCACAUCUGGACUGGGAUCGUUCUGUACAGUGUGACCUUAAAACCUGCUGAAAGUUACAAUAUAGAUGAAUCAAGCCCAAUAGUUUUUAAAGGGUCGCCCGGCUCACUGUUUGGCUUCUCGGUGGUUCUGCACAGCAAUGGGGAUGGCAACUGGAUUGUAGCUGGUGCCCCUCAGUCCAGUUGGACUACAAAAAAUGUGAGCAAUCCUGGCGCUAUCAUAAAAUGCAGAAUUGAUCAAAACCCAAAUAGGACGUGUGAUGGGCUGGAACUGGGGCAUCCAAAUGGAGCUAAAUGUGGCAAGACCUGUAAGGAAGAGCAAGAUAACCAGUGGCUGGGUGUGAGUUUAUCUAGACAGUCAACAAAAGAUGGACAGCUAUUGGCAUGUGGUCACAGGUGGAAGAAUAUACAUUUCAGUGACCACAAGCUUCCUUAUGGUGUAUGCUAUGGGAUUCCUGCUGAUUUCCGAACUGAGCUGAGCAAGAGGAUUUGCCCGUGUUAUAAAGAUCAUGUUCGAAAGUUUGGGGAUAAUUAUGGUUCUUGCCAAGCUGGAAUUUCUACCUUCUAUGUAGAGGAUGUAAUCGUUAUGGGGGCUCCUGGAUCAUUCUACUGGACAGGUUCUAUAUUUGUUUACAAUACUACUGAGAACACAUACAAGUCUUAUGUGGAUUUAAACAACGUUGUGAAAUUUGGGAGCUAUUUAGGGUACUCCGUUGGAGCUGGCCAUUUUCGAACCCCAACCAGUUAUGAAGUUAUCGGAGGAGCCCCACAACAGGAACAGACUGGUAAAGCAUACAUAUUCACUUACGAUGAAAAACAACUGACUAUUUUAUUUGAAGCCGGAGGUAAAAAGCUUGGCUCCUACUUUGGGGCUGCAGUGUGCGCUGCAGAUUUGAAUGGAGAUGGACUGUCAGACCUGUUGGUGGGAGCACCCAUGCAAAGUACCAUUCGAGAGGAAGGGAGGGUUUUUGUCUACAUGAACACUGGUGGUGGAGCAAUGGAAGAAUUUGAGUUGGAGCUUUCGGGCAGUGACUUAUAUGCAGCAAGAUUUGGGGAAACCAUCGCUAAUCUGGGGGACAUCGAUAAUGACGGCUUUGAAGAUGUGGCCAUAGGAGCACCGCAAGAAGGGGACCUUGAAGGAGCAGUAUAUAUCUAUAACGGAAGAGAGAAAGGAAUAACGCCUUCAUUUUCCCAGAGAUUACAGGGAAGUAAAUUUGGGUAUGGAUUGCGCAUGUUUGGACAGUCAGUUUCCAAUGUAAUGGAUAUAGAUGGCAACGGAUAUCAAGAUGUAGCCAUUGGUGCUUUCCUGUCUGACUCUGCUGUGCUGCUCCGAACCAGACCAGUGAUCAUUAUUGAUGCAUCGCUUAAGUUGCCGAGCACUGUGAAUAAGACAAAGUUUGAAUGUUUGGAAAACGGAGUUGCGGCUGUGUGCAUGAACGUCACUAUUUGCUUUGCCUAUCAAGGACUCGAUGUACCAGGUUACAUGGUUAUUUACUAUAAUAUCACAUCGGAUGUAAGGAGAAAAAGCGGUACUCCUGCGCGAUUCUACUUUGUUUCCAACGGAACCUCAGAUGUGAUAUGGGGGGCAAUAAACAUUCGCCAAAAGUCUGGCAAUUGUAAGACUCACCAAGCAUUCAUUAGAAAGGACACAAGGGAUAUCUUUACUCCCAUACACAUGGACUCAUCCUAUUAUCUGGGGAAACACAUUGUAAGUAAAAGGAGUGCAGAUGAUUUCCAGCCUCUUCAGCCAGUUCUGCAGCAGAAAGAAGGGAAAGGAAAUGUCAUAACAAAUAAGGUUAAUUUUGCAAGGUACUGCAAUUUGCCUAACUGUUCAGCAGAUUUACAGAUAACUGGAAAACUCUCUUUCCCCAAGCCAUUUGAAAGCAAAACUUACCUUGCCGUGGGUGGUAUGAAGAACUUAAUGAUAAAUAUUACCCUCUUUAAUGGAGGAGAUGAUGCAUUUCAGACUGUUCUUCAGCUGAGACUCCCAAAAGGACUUUACUUUGUCAAAGUUUUUGAUCUGCUUGAGAAAGAGAUCAGCUGUGCAGUGAAUAAAGAGGAAAAUGAGGAGACAAGGCUUAACUGCAGCGUUGGCCAUUUCUUUGUUGAUGGAUUUUCAAAGCAAGAAUUCUCAUUUCUUCUGGAUUCCAGUGCACUUACUAGAGCAGAAGAGGACCUGGUCAUUAAUGCAACUGUGGCCUGUGAAAAUGAAUUAACCCAAGACACUAUGAAGAAUAAUGAAGUCAGUUUCAUUGUACCGACCAGAUAUGAGAUCAAUCUCAACGUACUGGGAACUGUUUCUCCAUUUUCUUUUGUCUUUGGGCCUCCUGAAGAUGAACCAGAUGGCUCUUGUAUAAUGGAAAACAUAGAGUUCACUUUCAAUGUCAUCAAUGCUGGAUCAAGUUUGGUUCCGGCUGCAAAGCUUCAGAUAUCGUUGCCUAACACUUUUGCGCCUAAUGACAUAAAGCUGUUUAAUAUUUUAGCUGUAAAGACAACAGUUGGCAAGUGCUAUUUUGACAACUCUACACGGGACUGUGAAACACCAAAAAACACUCGAUCAAAAGUUGGCGAUCUAUUUGCAUUUUUUUCAAGACCAGACAAAAGAUGGUUGUACUGCGUAAAAGAUGACCCUUCUUGCCUACAAAUUCUUUGCCUGUUUGGAGACAUGGAAAGGGAAAGCAAGGCCACUGUGGAAGUGCAACUUGAAAUCAGUCAUUCAUAUCUAGAAACAGAUGAAGCUAUGCUAAUACAGUUUUUUACAGCAGCUCAAGCAGGCUUUGACAGCCCUAAGAUUAUCAACCUUAACCAGGAUCAUCAUACAUAUGUUGUGUUGGAAGCACUACAUAAUCUGAAGCCCAAAAAGCAUGUCAUCUGUAUGAUCAUUGGGAUUAGUUUACUAAUAGGAAUUCUUUUAUUUUCCUUAUUGACAUAUAUUUUAUGGAAGGUCGGUUUCUUUAAAAGAAAAUAUCAGCCCAUUAGCACAGAAGAGACAAGUAGAAGAGAAAGUUGGAACUAUGUAAACAAAGAUGAAAAAGAAGUAAAAUAAGAUAGAUAUAUUUAGAUAUUUAUCGAUGAAAAUGUGGAUUGAUGAAUCAAGAGAAUUAUUGAGGAUUUAAAGGAAAGUACUGCCCAUUUCAGAGGUUAUUUAUGAAGGACCGGCUUGUUCUCGAGGAUGUGUUUCUUUUUUAGAUGAAAAUGCACAAUUACCUCUAAAAUAAUACGUGUAUACAUGGAACCAAGGGAUCUCAGGAAUUUUAUGACAAUACAUUCUUCGAAGAACUUAUGAAUUGAAGAGUAUUUGUAUGAGACUUGGAGAUAUUUGAUACUAGGGAGGUUCCCAAGAACCCACGGAGAAAUAAAGACAACUACUUCCUCAAUGUUCUUACAGUUCAAAUGCUGAUUGAAAACAAUUUACCAAAUCAUUUUUUUGGUUCUUCGACUAUACCAGCACUGUCCACGGUCAUACAACCAGAUGGCUACUGAUUUCAGGUUUCUUGUCCAAAAAGUGAAGAUUGUCACUUGAUGGAUCCUGCAGGGACUUCACGCCAUCUGCAGCCUUUCUAGGCCUUGAGCUUCUUAGUUCCAGCAUUACUAGGUCAGUCCAUGAAAGUUACAUUAUAGAACAGAUUUACAUCUUGAUUAUAGAGUUUUCUUUAGUGAUUGUUGCAUGACCUAAAUAUAGCAGUUUAAUGUAAUGGUCUUUAAGAUUGAAAUAAGAAAUUCAAGUAGGGACUGAAUACAUAUCACACUGGUAUAUUCCAUGUCUUUUACACUUUUGGGCAAUGAUAACUCACUCUUGCAAAUGGUUUUGCCUGCACUUUUUGAUGAACAAAGCUCAUCUGCUAAUAGCAAUCCAAAAUGGCCAGUUUGGUCUAUGACUUUUACAUCUUGAGUCAUUAUUAUAUUGUGCAUUGUACAGGAAGGUAAUGUGUUUAUAUAUUUUACCACUGCAUGUAGCAAUGAACAAAGAAAGAAAGAAAAAGCAUUACAUAUGUAACUUGAUGGCAUCAGCAUUCAACAUGAUUAUAGCAUUACUAGAUCCAGGUUGGCAUUACAUACCUUCAGAUCAGUUAGUACCAAGUAUGUGUACAAAAAAAGCCAUGCAAUGUUCUUUAAAUAAGAACAAGACUCUGUAGCUUGCUAACUUUUUAAAUUUUCCCAAAUUGAAGAGCUCAUCACUGAAUAAUCAGAAUAAAAUAACCCAUCUCCAUAUCAGGUAUAAUAAGUCGCUGCCCAGUGUUGUUAUUGGCAUAUACAUAGGAGUCCUAAAAACAAUUAUGUGAAAACCAAUAAGCAUUUUUGUUAUACUUAGCAAAAAACAAGGUAUGAUGGAGUGAGAAAGUAUUAUUUAUGGAGUCUAGAAUUAAAUCUUGGGAGAUAUAAAAUUACUGGAGUUCAAGGUAUUGUGUGAAUAUCAGUGGCAGGUCUUGCAUGAAUCCUCUACCUUAUUAUGGCUUUAUCUUAGAAGGUACAUCAGCUAGACCAGGACUGUCCAACUGGAGCUCUGCAGGUCAGAUGUGUCCCUCCAGUAGAUUUUUAUUGCCCCAAGUCUACUCAAGAGACGUCUUUAUAUGAUAUUAUUUUUACAUAUAUCUGCCCCUAUCAGACAGCUACCUGUACAAUAUUGCACAGCACUGAACUAGACAUUAUCCUGAUGUUUUUAAAGCCCUGGGAAAACAGGGUUUAGAAAAUCUUGCCAAAAUAUUUAUUUCAGAGAACAAACAAAAAUCUAUUUCUACUCCCACAUAAAUGUAACUGCUGAUUUAUUUUGUUUUUGUAAAAUAGUUGUAAAAUAAUACCUAAGAAAAAAACCUGAAAAUGAAGAUUUUUUAAAUAAUUGGAAUGUAUUAUUGCUUGGGGUAAAAAGGCAAAAUGUGGUAUUUUAAGAAAUUAUAUAAAAAAAAAUCCAUUAGAUUAUAUUUUUGCUGUCUGUAUAAUAUAAUGUCCUUCAGCUCACUAAAGUAUUAUCUUUGGGCUUUCACUUUGUAUUGCCUUAAGUAUGUGGUAUUAUGUGCACAGAAGAUGUGUGCCAAUUUGCACAAGGUCAGCAGCAAUGGGGGGAGGUUGGGGAGCACUGGGUAAAUGUUGAUAUACUGUAUGUACAGAAAUGUUGCAUACCAAUUGGAACAUUUGAAAUGGAAUUAUCAGAAAUAUAAUAAAAAAAUUAAAACAA